CCUCCUUGCUUCCCCUCAUUCAACACACGCUUAUAUAAAAAAAACUCCAAAACACACACACCACACACAGAGCUUGAAAAUCACUUUACUUUUAGAGAGAGAAACAAACAUAUAACUGUAGAUUCUAGAGAGAGAGGAACAGAGUGAAAUCAUGAGGUCGAGCAACCAUCUGAUUGGUAUGUUAAACUUCCUGACGUUCCUUCUAUCAAUUCCAAUUCUUGGUGGCGGAAUAUGGCUGAGCACGCGGGCAAACAACACCGAUUGCAUGAGCUUCCUCCAGUGGCCAUUAAUAGUCAUCGGAGUCGCAAUCAUGGUGGUCUCACUCGCUGGAUUCGCCGGCGCGUGUUACCGGAAUACUUUUGUAAUGUACCUUUACCUCUGGGCGAUGUUCGUCAUCAUCGCUCUGCUUAUCGGGUUUGUGAUAUUCGCCUAUGUGGUAACCGACAAAGGAUCGGGUCGACCCGUAUUGAACCGGGAAUACGAGGACUAUUACCUACCGGACUAUUCGGGUUGGCUUAAGGAUCGGGUUGCAAGUGAUAGCUAUUGGCGGAAAAUCAGUUCCUGUAUCCGUGAUUCGAAUGCGUGUGCGAAAACGGGUCGGGUUGUUGGUGGGUUUCCGGAGUCUGCUGAUAUGUAUUACCAGCGAAAGCUCAAUCCAAUUGAGUCGGGAUGCUGUAAGCCGCCAACAGAAUGUGGGUACGUGUACGUGAACGAGACAACAUGGAACCCGGUUAACUCAGCGUUAGCAGCAAACAAUCGUGACUGCAUGAGAUGGAGCAACGACCAGGAACAGUUAUGCUACGGGUGUAACUCGUGUAAGGCGGGGGUGUUGGCAAGUCUUAGGAAAAGUUGGAGGAAGGUUUCGAUUAUUAACAUUGUUGUUCUGAUUCUCCUAGUGAUUGCCUAUGUUGUUGCUUGUGCGGCUUUUAGGAACAAUAAGAGGAUGGAUAAUGAUGAACCCUAUGGAGAGACCCGAAUGGAGAAGUCACGACCUAGUUGGAUACAGUUUUAGUUGCUCUCGAAUUGAAAGAGAAAUUUAAAAGGUUCUCUUUUGUUCGGUUUUGGAUUUUGGUUUUUAGGGUUUUUGAAGGUGUGUGUAUGUUUUAGCCUUUUAGUUGUGAUGAUUUUGCUUUCGUAAAUGAAGGGUACAAACUCGAACGUACAUAUCAUAUAUAUGUUAUUUGCAUUUUAAUUUCUUUGUGAUA